UUUCCUCUCUUUGGGUCCGAUGAUUGGAUUCGUUGAUUGAUGCCUCUUGUCCCCUUUCUCUGUCUCGUGAUGUUGUACUGAAUCCCAUAGUACCGACUGGACCAAACGGGUUGCUGUUGGUCUUUUCCUAGUCAGGGCCUUCUUGCUGACCCUAUUUUUUAUCCUGAAUCAACAGAAUGCGCAACAAGAUGGAAUUUUGUUGCGACGGAGUGCUGCGGGGCCUGGAUUUGCAUGAUUGUGGUGCUUGUUUGUAUAGUUGGGAGGGUUGAGGCACUUUCUUCUGUCCUUUUGAGCGACAUAUCAUCCCUUACCUUGGUUGUGCGACGAUAUGCCCCAUCAAGUUUUUUGUCUAUACCAUAUUGGAGACUGCUUUGACAGGGGUGGGGAGGUUUUCGAUGAAUCGAUCGGGUUUCCUAGUGGUUUUACACAAGAAAAAUUCCGUCUUCUUCCCGAUUAAGAGAACCGAAGGGUUCAAGUGUAUCCCAUUUAGAUACAGAAACUGUGAUGACACUUCUGAUGCCAAGCCUGAUCCUGAGAAGGAGGUUGAAGUACUUAUGAUAAAUUCACCUAGUGGACCAGGUCUUUUGUUUCCAAAGGGAGGAUGGGAAAAUGAUGAAACAGUUGAAGAGGCAGCUGUACGAGAAGCUCUGGAAGAAGCAGGAGUUCGUGGGGAUAUAGUAUCAUUCUUGGGAGACUAUAUCUUCAAAAGCAAAACUCUUCAAGAUGAAUUCAGCCCAGAAGGUUUGUGCAAAGCCGCUGUCUUUGCCAUGCAUGUGAGGGAGGAGCUCGAGCUGUGGCCAGAACAGAGCACCCGCCACAGGACAUGGGUCACCAUACCAGAAGCUGCGGAGCAAUGUAGACACCCAUGGAUGCGGGAUGCCCUUCUUGAUGGAUUCAUAAAGUGGCACGCCAGUACCAUGGCAACGCCUGAAGAAGAUGUCACGCCAGAAGGAUAAUCCUGCGUCUGAAAGCUUGCUUAAUCAAUCCCCCUUCAUUCUUUUGUCUGAAGAUGAUAACACCAAUCCUGUCUGAGAGUUAUUUUCGCAUUUUGCUAGUUAGUUUUCUUUCCUCAUGCAUAUGCCAUGUGAUAUGCAGUUAGUAGGCUAGCAUCUAAGAACACAAACAUCCUUCAAGGUGUUUGUGGAUGUUUGAUUAGAGUCAUGGAUAUUGAGGGGCUGCUGCCAGUGUUCUUGCUCAUGUAGUAACCACAACGUUACUGCAUGCCCUCGAAUAUGCUCAACUACUUGAGAAAAGAAAUAACACAAUCUUUUCGUAGUUGAAUUAAUGUGCCUUUCGUGGCUAAUUUCAUUCAAUUGUUUCUGCCA